GCAGCACUGCCAGCCAGUGUGGCUCCAACCGUCGAGGAAGAAGGUUGUAUUAGGCUGCGCCAGACGCAGACACGAUGGACGUGGCAGUUUUGGGCGAACAUAUUUCCCAAUAUUGUUGCGAUUUUUACUGUCUGAUUGAUCAGUGUCCGUUUCGAUAGUGAUUGACAGUUGGUUGUGCGGUGAUAGAAAAGACUCUAGUUGUGAGAAGUGAUCCACAAAACGAUCAACGAAAGCAUUUUUGUUAAAGAAUUUAAUAAACAAUAUUAUUUUAAUAUAAAAGUGGAGACUGCUGGUUGACAGAAAUGGAGCUAACUGAAGAGGCGUUGUUGGGACUGGGCGCAGAAGCCUCUGGGAUGCCAUCAGCAAUGUCGUCCUCGCCCUGCACUCCCGUCGAGGAAGAGCGACCUGGCUCCUCCUUGAGCACAGCUUCUAGAAGUUCACGAAUUCCAAGGCUGACUCGCUCUGCCUCCCUUCGUAUUAAAUCCACCUCGGAAAAUAAAACGGACAACAAAUCCAAGGGUGAUGCCCAUCAUGGGUCGAAAUCGUCCAGUAGGGGCAUUGUCAGAUCGGCGAGUUUCGUCACCAGCAGAGGGAUGGGAGGGAUGACGUCGCCGUCCUCCACCUCCAUCCUAUCGUCAUCCUGUCAUCCCUCUGCUUCUUUAUCCUCUCAUAGGGCAUCGUCCUCGAAAGGGAUGAUGAGUCUCACACACACUCCAGAGACCCCGCGGAGGUUCUCUUCACACGGCAGCAGUUACUCCCGAAGGACCAGCUCUGCCUCAGACAGAAAAUCACAUAGAACACCUUCGCCCACUUUGGCGUUUCCACCUCUUCUGGAGCAGUCGCUGGAGUUCUUAGCAGACUCCAGCAUAACAGACAUGUCAUAUGCCGGACUAGGCCCAUCCCCCUGGCAUCAUCCGGGCUACCAAAAUCACCUGCGGAGGCCCAACUUCCUUCCCGUGUCUGCAGCGCCUUCGUUUGGGAGCUACGGCCAUUCGUCUUUGCCCUUUACUCCGGCCUCCCAGCCGGAAACGCCCUCGAGAUCACCCGACACAGAUUUGGACGAUGGCGGCGGCGAGGCAGACUCUGUGAAGAGCUUUGGGUCCGUGUCAUCAGCCCUGAGCUGCGAUGCAGGACUCGCCCGACACAGCAACUACCACCACCACCACGGGGGAGGAGGAGGGGCGGGUGGGGGUGGAGGAGGUGGUGGUUCCUGUUGGGGCGGGAGUCGAAGUCGGAAUUCAAAGUACGUCCUGCAUUGCCGCCAUAACCACGAACUCGAUCCUGAGACUUAUCUGACGCCGACGCAACGUGCUGCCAGGAAAAUCAGGGAGCUCAAGAGUCUGUUAUCAGAAGCUCGUCGAGAAGUACAAGAAAGAGACACGGAAAUUGGUCGCUUGACUCGCGAACUGGUGGAGCUCAGGUUGAUCAAGGCCCGCACCCAGCAGGAGGAGAGUACUGGUGCAAAAGAUGAUGGAAACAGCACCCAAGUUACUUUACAAAAUGGUGACCUUAGUAGUAGUGACAGAAGACGCCAGGCGAUGCGUUCUACUCCAACACCAAAAACCUCUUCUACUCCUUCAGAAGGCAGUGAACCAGAACUGAGCCGGUUGAUGGACAACUUGAACAAUGGUGCUCCAGAAGCCACAACCUCCCAUCUUCCAGUGGCGUCUCCUGCUGGUGGCUCAGUUGCUGAGACCACAGAAGGUUCUGUUGACCUCACUCGUUCCCUAGCUGAUUCUGGUCAUUAUGACGACCUCACGUCGCCUUGCCUUUCUUCCAGGGAUCCUUUCGAGGCUAGUCAAAAUUCCCUUAGAGAUCGACCUACUGACGAGGAGGAUGAUGAAGAGGUUGAUCCCUGGACAGCCGUGGAGGAAACUGAAGCCAGGUUGAGAGAGGAAUACGAGCGUCGUGAAGAUCAGCUCAAGAGAAAUCACAUGGAUGAGUAUCAUGAACUCAAGGAAAAACAUAAUGAUCGGGUCGAAGCCUUGCUCUCUAAGCUGAGUGAUGCUAAUCUUAAAUACUUUGAACUUCGGCCACUGUAUGACAGAAGUCAAGAGAGAAUUCGUGAAUUGGAAAGGGAAAUUACUAAACUGAAGGACGAACUAACUGAAGCUGAGCUUCGUCAUCAAAAAAUGUACUUACAAAUGUUUCUUAAAGGUCAGCAAGCAGCCAAGCUGCAAGCUGACGAUGAACAGGAUGCAGAGGAAGACAGCCAAUCUUCUUUAUCCUCAAAUGGACCCAUGGUGGACCUUAUGAAGCAGUUAGCACGUACUGAGGAGGAACUGGAGAAAAUGAAGUCCACUGGCCAUCUGUUUCAGAGUGGUGUCCCCAUUUUGCCUUUCCCACUGCCCUUCUCUGGGGUUCUGUCAAAGGCUCCAUGUGGUGCAGCUCUUUUGGACGGUAAACAGGCCAUCAAUCUUUACCUUCAGGGACGAAGGCAGGUGCUGUACCACCGAGAGGUAGCCAAUCGGAACAACAACAAAUAUCGAAAUGGUGAGCUUGACCCUGAAGUUACACUACAGUUCUUGAAGUCUGCUAUAUACUACUUUUUAACAGACAAGGACAAUGCUAAGGGCCAUCUUCGUGCAAUUGAAAGUAUCUUGGGGUACACAGACAGUGAAAGACAUCUCAUUGACAAAGUUGUAAAAUAGCUUUGAUAUACUAUGACCUAAGUACAGAGAAAGUUUUAUUUAUGGCAGGUUGUGGGAUAUGUAAAAGGACUUAUUGUAUUGGUUGUAAACUGGAACUUUGUACAGUAUGUCUCGUUGGAGAACAACUAUUUAAAUUAUAAGGUAUGGUAACCUGUGAUACAGUAAUAUGGGUAAAGUGUUUAGUCAAGUAUUUGUUGGUUGUGAGCACUGUUCUGUCACAUAUUCAUGAAGAUCAUAAAUCGGUUCUACUUACAUUGAUGUAUAACUUGCCAAACAUUUUUAUAAUGCUGAAAAAGUACUAUGUAUUAAUUUCAAUUAACUUAAUUACCACUGAUUUAUUAGUUUUAAAUGGCAAUUUAAUCAUCAUUAAAUUAUUAGGUUUAAAUGGUCAUUUGUACCCAUAAGUUACAGUUCAUCUUGAAAAUUCAUGUUGGUAGCCGUUGUGUAUGCUGAUGGUUAUACUCUAGAUCCAGGUUUAAAUGAAGGUAGGUUUAACCAUUAGUUUUGUAGUGUUUGGAAGCAGUUUGGAAGCAAGUCCUGUAGGCUGUUUCAUAAUCGAUUAUGUUUAAGCCAUCAGCAAUAUAGUAAGCUAAUAUACAUUAUACUUCAAUAACUGAAGUGCAUAACAUAGUUUAAGUAUGUUUAAUGCCACUGUGAUAUCCAAAGCAACUAUGCACUUGACACUUCACUUUCUACAAUAAUCUAGUUUCUCAAAAUUAGCAGGCAUCUUUGAAAUAGUUAACAGGUGGACAAAAUAGUAUAUUUUUGUCUUGAAUACCAAAACAUAUGUACUAAUUGAAUUAAAAAGCAAUGUGGCUAUUUACGUAAAUUAUAUAUCGAGAAUAACUAGGAGUUUGUUAGAACAAAUUUUUUUUAUUUAAAAUUGCUGAUUAGAUUAAAUAAUAAACUAGCAAGCCAAUAAGAAGAUCGGAAACAAUAAAACUAAAGGCUUGAGAAUUUUGAGACAACAUUUCUCCCCUCGUGUGUGUAUUAUGCUCAUGGAAAGGCGUAAUAUCUUGUGAAUUAUAGUAAUCUCCUCAAGCUUGUGGUUGUAUUGUAUUCAGUGUAGUUGAAUAUUGAGCUUGUGCAUCCUUGAAAAUUAAAUUUUCAUUGGUGACAGCUUUGAUUUGGGGUGCUAUAUAUUACUAUAUAUUAAUACUUAUAAAUUUCAAACCAAGUGUACAUAUUUAGUUGUGGUUUCCAUGUACUGGACACGUUUGUUAUAUAUAGAGAUGAACAACACUUGAGAAACACUAGAGGAUAUUUAAACUGUGGGACACAAGGAUUGAAGGUGGUUGUUGUUGUUGUUGUUAGACAAGUAAGAUAAUUAUCAUUACCAAUGGUCCACAAGUUUUGUGGUCAUUGUCAGUAAUAAUUACUGAUAACUUGUUCCUGAAUGUUUGUUAAUUCUGUAUGAUUUUAGUCAUAUACUUUCAGCACGCCAAAGAGUUUAUGAAAUGUUCCUUAAUGAUAUUGAAAAGUUUAAUUUUAUCUCUUGAAUGCUGUAUUCACUUUUGUAUAGAAUUAUAUUUGUCAUGGUAGCAUGUCAUUCAUUUCUUGCUUGACAAGAAUUUAAUGCAAUUGUUUUGUUUAAGAAAAGUUUAUAUAUAUAUGAAUGGUACCUGUGCUGCUUGUAAAUAAGAAACUUUAGGCACUACAGUGAUUAUAUAGUAGUUAAAUGGUUUUGAUAUAUGGGUAUGAUAUUCUCAUCCCAGUUUUGGUUGUUAGCAAAUAAAGUGGAAUUAAUUGGAUAUGUACUGCAUUUUCAUUAUGGAUAAUUGCCAUUUUAUGCAAAUGAAAAUUUUUCUUGAAUGUGUGAAAAAUAACUUUCUCAGCAAUAUAUUCAAGUUAAUUUGAUUGCUUGGUACAGGUCUAAUUGUGAUGUAAUGUGAUUAGAAAAUAUGGUUAAAUUCCCAGGCACUACUGUUAUAUUGCUUUGUAAACAGCCUUAAUUAGUUGGCUUAUAAUGUUAAUCAGUGUUAUUAGAUAAUUUUAAGUUAUGCCUUGACUAUAUAUUAUGAUCCUUUGCGUAGGAGUUUUUAAAAAGAUAUUUGACUCUAUUCAGCUCUAAAUUGUGAUAAUAAUGUAAGGAUCUAAAUCUGUUUAUAAUGAAAGAUUUUAUAUGAAACCAUAAUUGCUUAGGAAAACAGGGUUUAAUUUAAAUAGAAAUAAGAAUGGGUAUUUAUUCAGUUUUGGCAGUAGUCAUAAAUGUCAGUUUAUAAAAAAAAUAAACAGGGCCUUCAAAUUGUAAUUCUUCUAAUGAAAACUUUUAUUUUCUCUCAAUCUGGAAACCAAGGACUGAAUUUAUGAAUACAGUAAAUAAAUAUAUAUUGCAAUAAAAUGUU